UCCGAAACGUUCACUUUCUUCUAAAGUCCAGCACCUCGUUGGGUUUCAAUUGUCGCUGCUCUGGUAAUUUUAGAGGAGCUGCUAGUUCUAAGCUCGGUUGGUGUAAAAGGAGAUUUCUGCUCGUACCAGGAAGUCUCUUGUUGGCUAGUUGGAACUGAAGCGGCCGCUCUGAGUGGUAACAAGCAAAUUCUGGGCGGCUAGCUAGCUGCUACGGUAGCUAGAGCGGCCAUGAAGCAAACAACCACUGUAGACUGUCAUAUCGACAAAAGAAGCACCCGGACAACCCAACAUUAAUGCACCUAUCGGUUCCUGGCGGGUCGUCGCUUCUUUUUCCCUUUUGCAGCUGAAUGCCUGUCAUACUAAACAGGGGAUACCACCGUACAGGUUGGAGCAAAUCAGUCCGGGUAACGGUUUGAACAAAAUUAAGAAAACUUGCUUUUGGCACAUCAGCGUACUGUAGGUAGUAUAGUAGCUAGGUUUUUAAUCAGGCAGUUGCCACCUGGUACCGGAGAUACACUAGCUAGCUUGCUCUGAUUGGGACGGUGUGAACAGCCAGAGCAAGGAACAUCAAAUAAUGAAGCAAAAGAUUUUAAUCAACAAGUCAUGGGGACAUGGGGACCAUCCCUCUGUUCUCGGAAACGUCAGUCUGAAGGAAGACUUCACACCGUUCUGCUGGCUGGUACGCACCACAAACACGCACACAGCACACAACCCCAACCCGUUUUUUGCCAUCUGCCGUACUGGUACCAUCCAAACUUUCUUGACUUGUCUUCUGUAAUUGAGUGAGUGAACAAUGGGCAAGAAACAAAAGCAGCAGCAUCGCAGUGGCAGCAGCAGCAGUGGGGAUAAGAAUCCCGGCCAACAGUCUUCUGCCUCUGCAUCUUCUGGGAGAGGCAAGUCUACUAGUAGUCAACAGCAGCAGCAACAACAGCAGCCACCGCCACAAAAUAAUAAAAAUCCACAACAAAGCAGACAAAAUAAUGUACAAAACAAAACUCAGCAGCAGCAACACACUCCACUGCCACCGCAAUUAGAAGAAAAGUUUCACGAAAUUGAAAAAUGGAUGCGUUCCGAGCAGCAGGGAAUUCUGUGGGUGCUGGGCUGUGUGACGUUGGGUUGCUUGUUUGGAUUUGGCAUUGGGAGUGGAUGGUUGACCGGUGGAGCUUCCUUCUAUUACUCUUCUUCUUCUACUACUAUGCCAGUCUCACCGUGGCGUGUCGAAUUGGGAAGCCGUAUUCGGGGGAGUCUCUGGUAUCAGACGCUCUUCUUACAGUCGUCCUCUGCGGCACAAGCACCACCCUCUGCCCUGCUCCAUCAAAAACAACAGACUGCCAUGUAUGCGGUCUUGAGAGAAGCCGUUGUGCGCGAGAAAAAUGGAUUUGUUCAUCCUGAUUUGGGCAUUAUGAUUCCGGCACCUUGUGGAGCACCCCGUGGCAUUGGCAUGGUCAAGGACGGCUGGCACAAGUGUCAAUCGGCAUGCAAUCCAGGAGUGGCCAAGGAAAAAAUGGAUUUGCAUCGCAACCAACAAGCCAAAUUGAUGAGAGCCAAUGCGGCAGCAUCUGCCUAUGAUGAUCCCGACAAUUCCACCUCACGAGUGCUAUGGUUGCCACCCAUUCCGGAUCAUACCGUCUAUAAACAAGAAGAAGUCCUCGUACGGGUCCCACUCACCUUCCAAAUGACACGACAAGUUGCACUGGAUACACUCCUCCCACGUAUUCCCGGAGAUGUCCAACGCAAAGCCAAUCCACAGGAUUUGGAUGAUGCCGCAUUGCUCGUGUUGUUACUGGCACACGAACGAGGAGUGGGACGACAUUCUCGAUGGUUCCCCUAUAUUGCCUCACUGCCCCGGGAACCCACGUGUGGAUACAGUAGUCUGUUGCGACAGGCAACUGCCACUCCGACUACUCAUCAAUCUCAAUCGCAACAACAACAACAACCACAAAACACAGCUGCCAAGUUACUCCAAGAAGAAUUGGGUGUGGAUACGUACGGUUGGAAGGGGGAACUUGCCAAGGCACACAAACAUGCUUUGCGAAUCGUCCAUGGACUGACCAAGGAUUAUGGAACGCACAUUUUGCAUCCCGACGGCAUGACAGCCAUGACCAAUCUGGAAUGGGCACUCUGUCAAGUCACUAGCCGUGCCACUGCCGGAAGUGAAGCAUAUGGAAGUUUGCGCAUGGUCCCAUUGGUCGACAUGAUCAAUCAUGAUGCUGCCGCGGGAGGAUUUGUGGAAUUGACUGGAAAGGAACGAUUGGCCCAUGGCAACUUUCUCGAUGCCACGGAAGACAGCGCUGGGACCUUUUGUGUUCGAAGUGUACGACAUGGACGUCGCAAAGCCCUCAAAAAGGGGCAAGAAUUACUUGUGAAUUACAAUGUCCCACAUUAUAGUCCGCUCGAUUGGUUUGUCAGUUUGGGAUUUGUCCCACCGGAACGACAACAACAAUGGGAGAAAAUUGACGCUGCUCUACCACGCAUACGACAAGACCAUGAUGCUGCUGACGCGGAUGUUGAUACACAACAACAAGAAUUGUGGGAUACCAAGUAUGGACCGGAACUCUUGGCGCAGUACAAGGAGCAGCAAAAAAAGAAGAGAAACAAGCACAAAACAACAACUACUGAAGAAGCCACCACCACAACCACAAAAGAGCAGACUGCUAGCUAACUAACUAACUCGAUAGAUGGCUACAUCAGUGUUACCGUAUUGGACGUCGUACAUGCAUUCAUUUUGUAGUCGUUCCAUUCAAUCGAUCCAUCUUCUCGUAAAUUCGCUCAAAGACGACGCUUCCGCAGCUCGUUCCAAUAAUUGUUGGCUUCAGUAUCAUUGCUUCAUAGUAGCUCUUGUCGUCGAGGAAACUCGCUGGCAUUGUUGGUCGCGAUGUUGCCUGGUCGUCGAUAACAACCGUCGACGUAGCUUCGCAAAUAUCACGCUGGCACUCUUUCCGUUGCGUUCGACGCUCUUCGAGGCCUUGUCGAACAGUGACAGCUACUACUACCAGUAGCAAGCCGCUGUUGUUGUCGUCGAUACGGUACAGUAGCGAAAUGGGCUGCCGCGAAAUGCCGUCGACCGAAGGUGUCGGUGGUGGCAAUGGACAAAAAUCACUAGCAGAUCAGCCCCAGCAUGACCCAGACAACCUUUCAACACCAAACCAAGUUGCUCUACGUUCGUCUAAGAGGUAUACAUAUUAGAAGCGAUCGGAACGGCUUACAUGUAUUUGGUUACCCCCGCCAUUGUCAGCGUGUCCAUUGUGGGCCUGUUGAGCCCAAAAGAGCGAUUUCGCUUAGGGGUAGAGUUAUGGAGAUCCUGACUUACUCUGUGGGUAACGAAUGAUUCGUCAAUUUACGGCUCAAUAUUAACGCUUUAGGACUCAGAGACUUAAAGUCACAUUCGGCAGAAUUCCGCCUGGUA